CCCUUUUAUAGACUUACCUCUCAAACCUGUCCUAAACCUCCGCCGGAUGUUUGCUUUCUUCAAAGAGCUCAACAUGUCCGUUGUGAAGCUGCUCCUUUCUUAUCUGCUGUUCAAAGAGGCUCAUGCACUGUCAGGGAACUUCUGGCACAUCACCGAUCUGCAUUGGGACGACACAUUCAACCUCAGCGAUGACCCUGAACUUGUGUGCAACUCAAGCGGCAGACGACCCGCAACCAAUGCUGGGAAGUAUGGAGACUAUGUUUGUGACUCACCGCUGCAUCUUAUCAUCUCCUCUGUGAAUGCCAUGAAGGAUAUUCUACCAGACCCGGAUUUCAUCGUGUGGACAGGAGAUAACACACCACAUGUACCUGAUAAGGACAUGGGUGAGGAGAGAGUGCUCUACAUUAUGAGCAACCUCACUCAGAUCAUAAAACAGGUCUUUCCACUUCUUCGUUCCUUAGACACUAAAGUGUACACCGCCCUGGGAAACCAUGACUACCACCAAAAGAACCAGCUUCCCACGUUCUCUAACAACAUCUACAACCAGACAGCAGAAAUGUGGAAGGACUGGUUGGAUCCUGAAUCCCAAGAAACAUUUAGAAAAGGUGGAUUUUACACAGAAAAGUUGCUGAGUCGAACAGGGUUCAGGAUGCUGGUCCUCAACACUAACCUCUAUUAUGACCAGAACAGGGAGACCCUGGGUAUGGACGAUCCAGCGGGCCAGCUCCACUGGGCUGACCGUGUUCUUACAGAGGCCGCCAACAACAAAGAGAAGGUGUACAUCAUUGGUCACGUCCCCCCAGGCUUCUUUGAGAAGAAGAGAUCCAAGCCCUGGUUCAGGUCUGAGUUCAACCAGGAAUACUUGGAUUUAAUCCAGAGGCAUCAUUCUGUCAUUCUCGGGCAGUUCUUCGGCCAUCACCACACCGAUAGUUUUCGCAUGUUCUACAGCCCAGAGGAGCCACGCUCUCCUAUAAGUGCCAUGUUCCUCAGCCCAGGGGUCACACCGUGGAAAACAACCCUCCCUGGAGUCGAGGAUGGAGCCAACAACCCUGGGAUUCGGGUCUUCGAAUAUGACACUGAAACACUCCUGGUCAAAGAUGUGGUGACUUAUUAUCUGAAUCUGACCCGCGCUAAUGGAGCCCGUGGGCGCUGGGAGAAAGAGUACCGCCUCACAGAGAGUUUCAGAGUGCCAGACGCCUCCCCAGCUUCCAUGCACCAGGUCCUGGAGCGCAUCGCUAACAGCAAGUGCUACCUGCAGAAGUACUACGAGUUCAACUCUGUCAGCUAUGACCUGACCGAGUGCGACAGCGACUGCCGCAUUGACCACGUUUGCGCGGCCAGAGAGGUGGACUUUGAGAAGUACAACAACUGCCUGAAAGCAGAAGGUUCCGCUGCUAUUCACGGGUGUGGUUUCCUUCCGCUCAUCUCUGUGGCUGUAAGUUUGGUGUUGGCCUUUCGGUAAUGAAGAGUGUCAUCAACAUCUAUCGCAGAGGAUGUUUAAAAUAUACAAUUUAUCCCUCAAGAUGUUAUUGGAUCAGAAACAACUGAAAUUCAAGAUCAAAAGUUGUAUAUAUUGUGGCCAUGGACAUUUUUUUU